AUGACGCUGUACGAGAAGAACCUGAACGACGCAAUUACCGUCGUCAAGGCGAAACCAGGUUACAAGGCCUUCGCAUCGCUCGUCGGCGCAAUUCUGAAGCAAUCUCAGCUGAAGAGUCUCGUCCAGCAGAACCUGACCAUCUUCGUUCCCAACGACAAAGCUCUUACCGAAUUCAACCUCACCCAGUACGCCACCGCCGACCUCCUUAAAGUCGUCAAGUUCCACGCCGUCAAGGGCACCUACACCUUCGCGCAGCUACAGGCUCUCGCCGCUUCCGGCGGGAAGCUCCAGACGACCUUCGGAAUGCCGAUCACGCUGACCCCGACGAAGAAGGGCGUCGGCAUGUUCGGCAUGGAGAAGAUCGGCGCCGCUGUCCUCGAUAAGGACAUCUCCAUUAAGCCGACGGUGGUCGCGCAGGGAAUUUCCCGCGUGCUUAAGCCUAAGGGGUUCGUUAUCAAGGGCGCGAGCGCGGUUCCCCCGACGACUAAGUCACCCUCGACCAAGUCUCCGACUCCUACGACCACCCCGCCCAAGACUCCGAAGACUCCCAAGACCCCCAAGACACCUAAGACCACCGCCUGA